AAUUGAAAAUAUAUGAUGAAUGAACGACUCAAUUCAACACUCAUGGAGUUGCGCGUUGUCACUUGACACUUCAUCCUUAAACAUCUGUGCUUGACAGCUAUUCUAAAUUUGUGUUUGUUGCUGUUUCGUUAAACUAAAAAUGAUUAUUUCUGAGUAAACAUGUCGUAAAUAAGUAUUAGUAAAUAAGCUAAAACAAUGGUAGUCAACGCUCCAGACUCCCCCACCCAAGCAGAAGUAAUUUUCGUUAUAGAAGCAACGUCUGCCAAUAGUGCCUAUAUAAGUGAAUUAAAAACCAAUUAUAUUAUACCUACACUCGAAUAUUUUCAUGGAGGAGCUUUAGAAGAGGGAGUAGGGAGUGGAUCAGUUUAUGGCAUAGUAGCUUAUCAAGCUGCCGACUGUCACCCUGGACUUCCUGUUGCAACAUUUGGACCCUUCACAUGUCCACAGGCAGUUGUGGAGACUGUCGAUAAAAUACAGUUUAUAGGUGGCCAUGCAGAAAACAGAGCCUGUGUAACUGAGGCGCUAACGGCUGCUCUGGCUUGUUUAGAGGAGCUGGGCAGAUCGGAUAUACCUCUGCACGUGAUAUUACUAUGUUGUUCCCCACCCUACUCUGCAUAUGCUGGAGGAUUGGUGCCACCAGGUGCGCCAGCUACAGUGGAGCAAGCGGCAAGACUAGUGGGUGAGCGAGGCGCCCAGCUGUCAGUCGCUGCGGCUAAGAAGCUACCCGCCCUGCUGGCUUUAUACGAGCACGCGGGCGGCGAACUCCACGCCGCGCAACAAAGAAAUUAUGCUAAGGAUCCCCGGCAUUUGGUUCUUCUUCGAGGAUACAAUCUGAAAGAGCGACCUCCGAGUCCUGCGCCGCCGCCCGUACCGGACAUACAGACAGAUGUCUAUUGCCAGCCGCCUAUCCGCAGCGCGGUUCCUCAACCGCGAGCUCCGCCGGUGCAGUUCCCACGUGCCGCGGUCGGUCCGCGCAGCAACUGGCUCGCCCCGCCGCGGCAAACCACUUACGCCAACUCCGCGCUGCUCACACAGCUAGCUCAGCCGUCCUACCCCCCGCCACCGACACAGGCUAAUUUGCAGCGUAUGCAAAUGCAGCCGGGCCCCUCGAACGCCGGGGUCGGGGGGCCUCCACCCGGGGGCGUGGGGUCCGCCGGGCCCGUGGGUGCGGUCCCCGGGAUGCAGCGGACGUACAUCUGGAGUGGCGUGCUCGAGUGGAUGGAGAAGGGCAAGGCGCCGGGAGACCAGCAAAAGGUCACCAAACAUCUGCCGUGUCAGGUGUCCGCAAACUCCAAGGACGUGGAGCCGGAGCUGAAGGUGGACACUUGGCCCACCAAGCUUCUGAUGCAGCUUAUGCCAAAACAGCUCAUCAGCAACAUCGGCGGGCAGUACCUCAAGGACAGCAAGUCGGUUCUGUUCCAUCUUCAGCAGAACGAGGCGCUAGAUGCUUUGACCAAAGUCAUGGUCAGCGGAUUUGCGGGCUGCGUGCACUUCUCUCCCAUGUCAUCCCCCCCACAAUGCGACAUCAAAGUGCUGAUCCUGCUCUACACAUCGGAUAAGAAGGCGUACCUCGGCUUCAUUCCGAACAACCAGGCGACUUUCGUCGAUCGACUGCGAAAGGUGAUUCAGCAGCAGAAGCAGAGCAAACUCCUGGCUCCCGGCGGAAACGCGCCCGGUAUCCCUCCUAACAUGCCUUCCGCCAACAUGGGAGGUAGCGGAUUAGGAGGGGGCAUGCCCUCCGGCCUUGGAUUAGGACAAGGGCUGGGAGGCUCCCUGUCGGUGCCCAACAUGUCCAAUCAACAGCAGCAACAGCAACAGCAUCCACAGGGUAUGAUGAUGGGCGGUGGCAUGGGUGGGCAAGUUAACCAAGUAGGCCAAGUCGGGCAAGUCAACCAGGUCGGCCAAGUUAACCAGGUUGGCCAAGUUAACCAGGUUGGCGGAAAAGGUCCCCGCGGUGUACCUCUUGAUGGAUUGGAAGCAGCUCGUCAGCAGAACCUCGAGAAGAUACAGCAUUUGCAGCAGACCCUGGAGGCAGCGCAUCAGCAGGAGGCGCAGUUCAAGUCUCAGAUGGACAUCAUGUCACACCUGCACGCUGCGCAACAACAAGAACAGCAUUAUAAACAGCUGGAGGAACAACAAAGAAAACAUCAAUUACAACAACAGUUACAACAACUACGCGGCGCCGGGCCGCGUCUGAUGCGACCCCUCAUGCCGACCAACCCUGGCCUCAGACACUUGCUGCAGCAGCAACAACAGGCGGCGCGAGGCGGACGGCCGCACAUGUGACCGGCUAGUGCUACACGCUAACAGCCACAACAGUACAGGCCGGCCAGCGGUUCCGUACGGCCUUCGUCCGCUCAACAAUUCGAAGACGUAUCCAAC